GAGUACGGCUUCCGCGGAGAAUAUCGAACGUUACGCAGUGUCGCGGCGACUUUUACCUCGCACGUCGCGGAAAGAGAGAACGCGACGAUCAUCGCACCUCGGGGGCCACGAUUGUUCGGGGAAGAAUUUUUCGAAGCGACUAAACCGCGAAUAAUUUAUCAAACGCCGAGGGAGCGAGUUUCAAGUGGCGAAACUUCCCGAGGGGGUGGCAACUCCUCAACAACGUCGUCCGAAGGGCAGCCAGUCGCGUGCACCUCGACGGAAAUUAUAUUCGCGGAGUAGAAUUUUUCCAAGCGACAAGAUUAUCCAAGAGGGACGAUCGAUAUCGAAGUUAAGGCCUCUGAAGCUUUAAGCCCGUAAGCCAAGCGUAAAAUAGGCCCUGACGUCCACCGGUAAUCACAAAAAUUGGAACAGCGAAGGUAAAGCGGGGUGCGCGUGUUUCGUACCGAUUGUUAAACGACGAAGUGGCGCUUGUCACGCGACUUAAUAAAUGCCAUCGAAAUUAAUGUUCGAGAGAGCGGACAGAACCUUCGUAAAGGAUGCCCUUCGUGCUAAACGAUUCUUUGCGACCUACAUAAGGUCACCUAAAAUCACAAUUGUUAAGUGCUCGUUCCGGCUAAUUACAUAAGUAGCAGAAAUACGUAAUACGUAACGCAAAUAUAUAAAAUAAUGCAAAAUGACAGCGAAAAAUGCAUUUCUUGCAUAAUUAACUUAAUCUUUUCCUUCUCGUUUUAAUUUUACUGUAAAUUAAUAAGUAACAAACUAAUGGAAAUGUAAAUUCUAGAAGCAUUACAAAUUAAUUCAAAGCUAUCGGUAUAAAGUGGAUAAUCAAAUUAGUUAGGGACUAUAUUUGACGUACGUUUCACUUGCUAAAGUUCGUACGCGCGUAAAUUAUUUAUGUCUUGAUGAUAAAUUAAACGAUGGCGAAUGAUGUGCUCGUUAAGGCUUCGUUCUUGCUAAGCAUCGUUCUGUUAACUUUGAGCACAAGCGAGCAAAUACUAUGCUCUGAAAACAGCACGUUACUAGAGACCGCGGGAGACGCCAUUUUAACCGCCUUCGUGGACGCCAAUUAUGGACAAUACUGCAACGUAUCAUCAUUCAAGGGUCUCCAACAAAUUUCAACGAUACUACACGUAGUACGAACUUUGAAUAAAUAUAACUACAUGCCAGGUGUGAAAUUGGGACUAAGAAUCUUCGACACGUGUCACGAUAGGAUUACGGUGUUUAGACGAGUUUUGCGAGUAGCGGUCGAGCAAAGUUGCGCGCCAGAUUAUGAGAUGGGUGUGCUGGUGCCAUCCCAGUACGGGCAUGUGAUAGAUUAUCUACGCGAUCACGGCGGCCUGCCGAUCGGCGUCUACGAGGAGCGGGAUUUUACCGUGGCCGUGAUCGAUAUCCUGGCGCAUUAUCUCAGCGCCCGAUACGAGACCGUUGAUCUGGUGCGCACCAGCGCGGACUCCGUUCUCGAUCGUUUCCUGGAAGUUACCAAGGACGCCGGUGUGUGCGUGAAGCGAAGUGACAGGCGCGUCAACGGUGACAGGUACGCGAACGUCACGGAAACAGUGAUAGUCGCAAUCGGCGAGAGAAAUGACGUGCUACGAUGGCUGGGAGAGAAUGAGGAAUCGAGGGGUUCCAGAGAAACGUGGCUCCUGCUGCCGCUCGAUAAUUCGGAUAUUGACGACCUCAUACCAUUCGGAUCGUAUGUCAUUAAGCCGGAAAUUCCUCGUUUCGAUCUUGGAGAGUUCUCAAGCGCGGGCGAAUUCCCGGAGAACUCCGACAACUCAGCGAACCACUCUCCGUAUCUCCUCGACAUUGGGAAGGCCGUCAUCGAGCUGGCGGAAGUCUUUCAGGAUGUCCGCAGGAGAAGCUGGCCCAUCGAUAACGAGGAGAGCAGCGUCGUGACGCAAUCCCCAGAAACGGGACGGGAAAUACGCGAUCUCGAUGUCUACGAGGUCCUGCACAUGCAGCCGCGAGCACACGCGGUGAGAUACGUGGUCGCCACGAAGAUGCGGCACGAGCUUAUCGACGUCGCCUUCUACGAGAUCGAAGUGUCCAAGUUACGCGUUCUCCCGAAGAGAACGAUGUCCGGAAAGCCGGGGCUCUGCUUGGAGCAUCUCGCCGGGAAUUGCGAGAACUGCACCAAUUUUCAAGGACGCUCUGACGACGUUACGAAAGUGGAUGUCGUCGGCAAAAGUGUCCUGAAGAACAGCGUCUACGUUCCUGUUUUCCUGAUUGUCAUCGUAUGCGGCACUUUUGCGUGCUGCGUCAUGGCGAUCCUUAUCGUCCAUCGUUUCGCGUCCGAGGAAAUACUUGACGGCAAUCCGACCCUGACAAUCGUCCUCGUCCUGGCCAACCUGUUUACCCUACUGACAGCGCUACCCUUCUGCGUGACGGACAAUUAUUUCGGCGCGGAGAGCCUGAACGCCUGGAAGAUCCUCCUCACCACUCUCGCGUUCGGCCUCACCUUCUCGAUCAUGCUCUCGAGAGCACUUUUCCUCGCCCUGUCCACGGGCGGUGUUUUUGUCAUUCACAUUAACGGCUACCUGCAGAGUCUCAUGGCGCUGUUCAUGUACGGCGUGCAAAUCGCCGUGUCGGUUAUGUUUUUCGUUCUGAGCGCAAUGAAUUCAGCUAUGGUCGCCAGGAGCCUCAUCUUUGUUGCGUUACUAGGAUACGAUAUAUUUUUAUUGAUUGGAUUGUUCGCUGCUUGCUACUUCAUUGUCCGAACGCAACGCAAUUACUACGAGGGAAAAUGCUUCUUCGGCUCUGCUGUCGGUCUAUUGAUAAUAUGGGCGACCUGGCUAAUGUGCUUUACGUUGAUGCAGCCAGAAAAUCGCGACGCAACCGUUUUCUUCGGUAUAAUUGCCACGGCUUACUUAAUUAUUUUCGGUGUCUUAAUACCGAGAAUUUAUUACAUGGUCACGCACACACCCCGAAUAAAAGAACCCGAACAAAAAAUCGAUCCCGUUAAUCUACCGACCGAUUCGAUUGUUAAUACGAUCGUCAGGCAGUCGCGUUCCUCCUACGAUUACGUUCCUCCUACUCGAGAAAGUCAAGUUUUACGAGUGCCAGCAGCAUAUCCAAAUUACUACGGUAAUUCAAGUCCGAACUCGAAAUAUCGCGAGAGAUACGGAAGUCCAAAUCACCGUGAAAUGCCCGUAUACAAUAAUUGCCAAUGUCAUGCUGAAAUGAAGGAGAUCGACGCUGCCUACGCCACGCCACAAGUGUAUAUCGAGAGUACGAAGUCUCUAGCAACAAACGGCGUCAUUUACGCGCAGCCCAGAAUUUAUAAAUCUCGGAGGAUAAUUUUGGGAGAGAGAAGCAAUGCAGAAAUUACUUGUAAUAGAGCUAAUUCUUCACCUAGCCCUGGCAGACUACACGUCGAAAUGUAUCCCAUGAGAUACGCCAGUCCAACGAAUAUGGCGAGAGAGCGAAGAAUCGAUAACGAGGAAGAGGACGAAGAAGACGAAAAAGAUCAGGAGGACGAAUGUGCCAGCAGAGUUACCCGUUUUUGAUAAGUUUCUUUGAGUUUAGUUUCAAGUUUUUUCUUUUAGCUUUAGUAUUCAAUUUUUAAUAUUCUACAUUCUUACAAAUUUUUCAUAAAAUUUAUAAUAGAACGCGUGAAGUAAUUAAGAGAUUUAAAACAAAAUUUAUAAUCUGCAAAAUAUUUCUCUUCGCCACAUUAUGUCUUUUAUUUCUCGAAGCGAAGAAAGACCGAUUUAACUAAUAAGUUCAAGGCCCGUAUUCGUAACCGUUGCGUGAAUUACGUAUUAAAAAACGUAUCAAGUGCUCGAGAUACGAUUUUAUACUUUAGGACAAAUUCGAUAGUCACAUUUUAUUGUAAACACGAAACAAUUAUUAUUGUUCCGAAUGCCAGUAAAGUAUUGUUUGCAAUGUUGCAUGGGUCUGGCGAUAUUAAACGUCUUUAUUAUAGAUGACGUAAAAUCGACAAAUACAAAAUUAGAAUAGACUUUGAACAUCUUAUUUGCAAUGACAAUUCAUGUACGUGUUUAAUAAAUUGAUGAUUGUAACAAA